CUUGAGCAAGGCACAUCCAACAGCCGCACUGGAGCCAGCACUUGGCGUCCGUGUUUGCUGGUUUACUGGUCGAGACAGACAGCCGUUCGGUGCGUGCGCUCCCUCGACUUUCGCUGGACACGAGUGAUUUUUCCCCCAAUCAACAGUGGUUCUGCGCCGAGAGCGGAUUUGCGUGUCACACAGCUGAGAAAGGGACACGCUGCGUGUGCACGGGCUCAGCUCUCCGCGCUCAGGUCUGAGGCAGAGAUUCCUCCUGACCAUCACGCAGGGUGGGGUUCACCGAGGAGCUCCGUCCCCGUGCGCCGCCACGCCCCCGCGCCUGGCGCUGUCCGGAGCUUUGGUGCUGAACGCUGGAAACGAAUCCAACAAACUGCCUGCAGCGCUGUGGGCUGCCUGCACGCAGCCGAGCUACAUGGAGUCAGGAACCGGAUCUCGCAGGAUGAAAGAGCUUAAAGUUCAGAGCGCUCUCCUGGACCGAGCGCGCUGUGGAUAACUAUGACGGAAAUGCUCCUUAAGUGCUUCUCUUUUCUUUCUGAAUGAUUUGAUCCUCUGACAAUCCCCCCCCCGGAGACGCUUGGAGGUACGUAACUUGCCACCAACAUGAUUUGGGGUGUUUUUUUAUGCUGCCUUCUAACGCCUGCUACUGGAUAUCAAACCCCGGAGCAACUGGCUUUCUUUCACGGGCAUGUUUUUGAGAACUCGCCAGUGGCUUCUAAAGUCAACGGACUGAGCGUUCCGGCGAGGCGCAUCAACGCGCAAAAAUGGUGCCCUGUCUCCGGGAUGCACUUCAAACUGUACGGGAACGGCAGCGAAGAUUUCCGCGCAUUCGCCCACCACAAGCGGGGGAAUAUAUUGCUCAAAACUUCCAGGGUGUUAGACCGAGAGGCUCGCUCGGAAUACCUGCUGAGCAUAGGUCUGUGCUGCCAGACCUGCGCGUCGGAGUCCGUCGCCUUCGAGGUUGCGUCGGUGAAAGUGGACGUUUUGGAUACCAACGACCACGCACCGAGUUUUCGCGGCGCAGACAGCCUUCAGCUAAGUUUAGAUGACACCACUGCUCUCCGUAGUGUAGUUUACCGUCUGGAGGCUGUCGACGCAGACAGCGGGAAGAACGCGGAGUUGACGUACGUGUCAAUCCCCAAAAAUGGCAGUUUCUAUGUUGUCCCGAAAACGGGGGAAGUUCUGCUGGUCGACUCCAUCCUGGGGCUCCCUUCUAAAGUCAGAUUCUAUGUUUACGCCAGGGACCACGGGUGGCCCCCUCUGAACAGUCGACCCGUGCUGGUCACCAUCGCUCCGCAGCGAUGGGCGACGCGUCCCGCUCAAUUAGUGGUGCCGCUGAGGACAGAGCGGUCGCCGAGGGCAUUGCUUGACCCCGGCACCGUGGCUUCCCUCAACGUGUCAGAAGACGCCAGCGUCGGCUCGGUCAUAAUGAGCCUGAGCCCCGCCAGGUUUCAGUCAGCGGGCUACGAGCUGAUUUACCCGGAGCUGGAGAGCUCGCCGGUGACCGUGGGCCGCGACAGUGGAGAUAUCAAAAUCGCCAGGAGGCUGGAUAGGGAGACAGAGCCUUUCGUGGAGCUCACUGUUAAGAUUCAGGAUAAACGAGGCCCAGACUGGUACCUGAACAAGGUGAAGCUGAAGAUCACUGAUGUCAACGACAACGUCCCCGAGUGGAACAUGAAGCCGUACCCGUACCUGGCUGUCGUGUCCCCCGAGGCCCCCGCGGGAACGUUUGUCUACCAGCUCCAGGCUUAUGACGGGGAUGAGGGCGAAAGCGGAGUGGUGGAAUACUUUUUGUCAGAUGGCGGUGAUGGCUGCUUUGCUGUAGACAAGAAGACAGGGCAGGUGCUGACCACAGGGCUGGUGCUUCAGCGGGAGAGAGAAUACUUGUUAAGCGUGGUGGCCCUUGACGGCAUGGGGAGCCACAGUGCCCCCGCCAUGCUCUCCGUGGUGGCGGGAGCCAGAGCGCCGCAGUUCACCAACGCGAGCUACGCCAUCUCCAUCCCAGAGAAUACGCCGGAGGGACAGCCCUUCCUGGUGGUGUUUGCCAUUUCCUUCCAGAAGCAGCCAGUCAGCUACAGCCUGCUGAUCAAUCCCAGCAGCCUUUUCACCAUUCGCCAGGAGACGGGGGAGAUCAGCCUGACCAGGACGCUGGAUUACGAGAGCGACCAGCGCCGCUACCUCCUGAUGGUGCGAGCCAGCGAGGAGCCCGGCAGCCUCAGCACCGUCACCGAGGUUCAGGUGUUGAUAACGGAUGAGAAUGAUUGUGUCCCAGAGUUCCUCCAGUCCAUCUACAGUGUGGAUGGAGUCCCAGAGACUGUAACCACGGCAACGUCCCUGCUGCAGGUGUUGGCCACGGACUGCGACUCGGGGUUAAACGCGGAGCUCACCUAUUACACUCUGAGCUCAGACUUCAGCAUCUCACCCCACGGGACUGUUUUCCCCGCGAGCCGGCUCGACUAUGAGAGGCCAAACCAUCUGUACGAAUUCGUGGUGAUGGCCGUGGACGGCGGGGAGGAGCCUCACUCGGGCACGGCCACCGUCCGCGUGAGGAUGUCCAACGUCAACGACGAAGCCCCUGAAUUCUCGCAGCCUGUAUAUCGAACGUUUGUUUCUGAGGACGCAGGCCCCAACACGCUCGUCGCCACAGUUCUGGCCAAAGAUCCAGAUGGCGACGGUAUAAUCUACUCUAUAACAGCAGGCAACGAGGAAGAAAACUUCGUCAUUGACAGCCAGAAAGGGUUGAUCCGUCUCCGCUCCACUCCCCUGCCCAAGCUUCAAGGCUUGGAGUACGUCCUGAAUGUAACAGCCACAGAUGACAAUGCGUCAGGCGGGCCGCACCCUCUCUCCUCCACGGCCCGGGUCAUCGUUGGCGUCGACGACGUCAACAACAACAAGCCUCUAUUCAAGGAGUGCCAGCAAUAUCGUGAGCAGGCUUCAGUGCUGGAGAACCAGCCGACGGGGACUUUUGUGUUGCAAGUGCAUGCUGUGGAUGCAGAUGAGGGAGCAAAUGGAAAAGUCAAAUAUGGCUUAAUGCACAGAGACAGCGCCAUGCCUGCCUUCAGAAUCCAUCCAGACACAGGAGUGAUCGUGACAGCCAGGCGGUUCGACAGAGAGCGGCAGAGGGAGUACUCGAUUACAGUAACGGCCACUGAUUGGGCGGAGGAGCCGCUCAUCGGCAUCUGUCAGCUCACGGUGCAAAUACUGGACCAGAAUGAUAACAGCCCCAAGUUUGAGAAUCUGCGCUAUGAGUACUUUCUGAGAGAAGACACGUUGGUCGGUACCAGUUUCCUGCGCGUGGCAGCUCACGAUGACGACUUUGGCACUAAUGCGGCCAUCACCUACUCCAUGUCUCUGGAGCAGCCGGAGUACCUGCGGGUCAACCCUGUCACCGGAUGGGUGUACGUUAACCAGCCAAUAUCACAGAGGACCUAUAUCACACGAGACAUCAUAGCAGCCGACGGUGGAAAUCGAAGCACCUCUGUGGAGCUGGCAGUCACCAUCACCAACGUGAAGAACCAGCCUCCAGAGUGGGAAAAAGACAGCUACAGCGUUGUCAUCCCCGAGAACACAGCCAGGGACACACCCAUAGUGACUAUCAAGGCGACGUCUCAGCUGGGUGACCCGAGGGUGACCUACAACCUCGAGGACGGGAUGGUCCCCGAAACCAACAUGCCGGUUCGCUUCUACCUGUCCCCCAACCGGGAAGACGGCUCUGCGUCCAUUCUGGUGUCUGAGCCGCUGGACUACGAGACCACGCCCUUCUUCUCUCUGAGGGUCCGGGCCCAGAACGUGGCCGCGGUGCCUCUUGCAGCUUUCACAAGAGUUUAUGUAAAUAUUACAGAUGUAAAUGACAACGUGCCAUUUUUCACCUCCUCCAUCUACGAGGCGUCAGUAACGGAAGGAGCUCAGAUAGGGACUUCAGUUCUCCAUGUGUCUGCCCACGACAAAGACCUCGGUCUUAACGGAGAGAUCACUUACUCUCUGCUGAAUGACAGCAGCGGCGACCACCAUCUUUUUCGCAUUGACCCAAAACUUGGGAUAAUCUACACAGAAGCUGUGUUCGACCGUGAGGCACGCAGCUCCUACUUGCUGGAAGUCCAGUCAGAAGAUGGCCAAGAGUCAGCACGACCUGGCAAGAACAGACAGCCCAACUCAGACACGGCGUAUGUGAGGGUUUUCAUCAGCGACGUCAACGACAACAAGCCGGUCUUUGCUCAGAGGCUGUAUGAAGUCGGCGUCGACGAGAAUGCAGAUGUGGGCCUGGCUGUUGUCACCGUUAGCGCUAAUGACGAAGAUGAAGGGGCCAAUGCCAAACUGCGCUACCAGAUAACAUCUGGCAACAAAGGCGGCGCCUUUGACAUCGAGCCGGAGGUGGGCACGAUCUUCAUCGCGCAGCCGCUGGACUACGAGCAGCAGAAGAGGUACAAGCUACUGGUGCUCGCCUCCGACGGGAAGUGGGAAGACUACGCCGCGGUGGUUGUCACCGUGGUUAAUAAGAAUGAUGAGGCACCUGUGUUUUCCAUGAAUGAGUACUACGGAUCUGUCACAGAGGAGCUUGAUGGAUCACCUGUGUUUGUGCUACAGGUGACGGCUACCGACCCGGACAAAGACGCAGACCAGGGCGCCAUACGGUAUUCUAUUCAUGGCCAAGGCGCCGAGUCACACUUCAUGAUCAACGACAUCACGGGGGAGAUGUAUGCCCAGCGCACCAUGGACCGAGAGGAGCGCGCUGUCUGGCGCUUUGUCGUCAUGGCGACAGACGAAGAGGGCGAGGGGCUCACCGGCUUCACCGACGUUAUUAUCAACGUGCGGGACAUCAAUGACAACGCGCCCACCUUCUCGUGCGCGCCGGAUAACUGUCACAGUAGCGUGGAAGAGAACUCCCCGCCCGGGACGUACGUCGUGGAGAUGACGGCCGUGGACCUCGACGACGCGGCCGUGGGUCAAAACGCGAUCCUCACGUACAGGAUUACGGAGAACGCGCUCAACACAAACAGCGCGGAACUUUUUGUCAUUGAUUCCAGCACUGGCACCAUAUCCGUGGCAGCCGAGGGCCUGGACCGAGAGUUUGCCGACAGCCACCACCUGGUGGUGGAGGCCCGGGACGGUGGGGGGAUGACGGGGACGGCCACCGUCGCCGUGGUGGUGACGGACAUCAACGACCAUGUGCCGAAGUUUCGGGAGGACUGGUGCGGAGCCCGCGUGCCUGAGAGCACUAACGUGGACGCUCCGAUCCUGGAGCUGAGCGCCGUGGACCCUGACGCCGGCGCAUAUGGACACCUGGCCUUCAGCGUGGUCGCGGGGGACUCGGAGCAGCGCUUCUACAUGGCCAGUCACAGGCUGGAGCAGAUGGGCACGCUGAAGCUGAAGAAAAAGCUGGACUUCGAGCAGCCGGGGGAGCAGAAGUUUAACCUUACCAUCAAGGUGGAGGACUCUGACUUUUCCAGCCUCAUCCACUGUCUGGUUCUCGUGGAGGAUGAGAACGAUAAUGCCCCCGUGUUCACACCCGGCUCCCAUCUGCUCGCCCCUUUGCCUGAGGACACAUCUGUCGGAACCAGCGUCGUCCAGGUCGUGGCCACUGACUCCGACUCGGGUGCGAACGGGGACAUUUUGUACAGCAUUCUCCCCCAGUCGGACCCACAUGGACAUUUCGCAGUGAGCCGUGCCGGCUUGGUUACAGUCGCCAGGCCGCUUGAUAGGGAGACGGUGGCAAGUUAUGAGCUGGUAGUCAUGGCGACGGACCGCGGUGCCCCGGCAUUGACUGGCAGCGUCACGGUCCACUUGCCGUUGCUAGACAUGAAUGAUAACGGGCCAGAGCUGGAGGCGGCCUACACGCCGGUGCUGUGGGAGAACAGCCCAGCCCCCCAAGUGGUCUGGCUCAAUAGGAGCUCAACUUUACUUCAGGUUGUGGACAGAGACUCCCCAGAGCACGGGCCUCCGUUCUUUCUCUCCCUGCCCUCGGCAUACUCCGCUGACUUCCACCUGCAGGACCACGGGAACGGCUCGGCCACGCUCACCGCGCUGCGGAGGUUCGACAGGGAAAGGCAGAGCGAGCUCCGCUUGCCCGUGGUAAUGAUCGACAGCGGCAGUCCCCCGAUGACGGCCACGAACACGCUCACCAUCACCAUCGGUGACCAUAAUGAUAAUGCCCAUCAAGCGGGGGAGAAAGACAUCUAUGUGCACGGCCGCAAGGGAAGGAUGGCGAGUGCAGCACUCGGGAAGGUGUAUGCCCCAGAUCCAGAUGACUGGGACAACAAAACGUACACCCUGGAGACAAGCGCAGCCAAAUACUUCACUCUGAACCAGAGCUCCGGAGUGCUGACCAUCCGACAGAACACCCCGGCGGGGAGCUACUGGCUGAGGGUCGGGGUGUCCGACGGCGUGUGGCCCGACGUGAUCUCGGGGGUCAGGGUUCACGUCCGGGAGCUGGAGGAGAGGGCCAUCCAGUCGUCCGCCUCGCUACGUUUGACCGGCAUUACAGCGAGAGAUUUUAUCGACUCUCACGUCGAGGGGAAGAGUCGGCUGGAGGCUCUCUGGGACUUCCUGUCUGAAGCGUUGUCCGUCAGACCGGGAAGCGUCAACAUUUUCAGCGUAGCAGACAGAGAGGAGAAAACAGUCGACAUCCAUUUCUGUGUGCUAACUGAUAAUGGUUACCUUCGCCCGGAGAAGCUGCACGGUGUCCUCGCCGCCCAUAAACGGAAGCUGCAGUCGCUCCUACGUGCAAAUGUUAGCCAGGUGCGGGUGGAUGAGUGUGCGCGCGCCGGCUGCAAGUCAUCCGGCGGCUGCUCCACGCAGUUAAGCAUCAGCGACUCGCCCACCCUGAUAGACUCAGGUGCUUUAUCCCUGGUCUCAGUGAAGGUGACGCCCUCGGCUGUGUGUGGCUGCGCCGCCAGAGAAGUGACCCGUCAGCCCUGCUCUUCCUACACCGCUAACCCCUGCCAUAAUGGGGGGACCUGCGUCGACACCCAGAGUGGAUACAGGUGCCACUGCCCCCCGCAGCUAGAGGGGCCAAACUGUCAGCAGACAAGGCUUCGUUUCCUUGGCAACGGCUAUGCCUGGUUUCCCCCCAUAAGGCCGUGCUUUGAUAGCCAUCUUUCACUGGAGUUCAUGACGGAGGAAGAUGACGGGCUGCUCCUGUACGCGGGCCCGCUGGCUACGCUUCUACCCGGGGACAGCGAGGACUACAUGGCGAUAGAGCUGAUUGCCGGGACACCCAGCCUAAAAAUUAACCACGGUUCCGGGACCCUGGUCCUCCAGUUAACGAACAACAUCGGGUUGGCUGACAGACGCUGGCAUCGCCUCGACGUGAGGAGCAACAGUAAAGAAGUGCGCUUCACUCUGGAUCGAUGUUCCAGCGCGAUUGUCAUGGAGACAGAAGGCGUGGACUCGUGGGCAAUGACAGAGGACCGCUCCUCCUGUGAAAUCCGAGGGGUCACCCCCAACAGGGAAAAGUAUCUGAACGGAAGCCAUGUUCUGCAGCUCGGAGGAGUCAAUGAGAACAUAUCGUACGAAUACCCGCAGCUGCAGCACAAACACUACACUGGAUGUAUAAGGAACCUGAUCGUGGACAGCAAGCUAUAUGACCUUGGCUCCCCAGCUGAAUACUCCAACACUUUGCCAGGCUGCACUCUUAAUGAUGGCCCCUGCACCACCUCGGAGCAGUUUCCCUCCUGUGGCAAGAGAGGCCGCUGUCAUGGGGAGUGGGGCUCUUUCAGCUGCCUGUGUGAAAGAGGGUUUACGGGGCCGCAGUGUGAUGAAGCGUCUCCGGAGUUCUCCUUCGAUGGCCGGAGCCACGUUCAGUUCCAGUUCCUGUGGUCCCUCCCCGCGCGACAGACCAGGGUCCAGGUCGGGGUUCGGACGCGCGCCGCCGCCGGUGUCAUCCUCAGCCUCCUCUCGCAGGAGCAGAACGAAUACCUGCGUUUAGAGGUUGUUCAGGGGCUGCUGGCGGUUUUCUACAACCUGGGAGAUGGAGACUACAACGUCACGGUGCCCUACCGCCGCCUGGAUGACGGAGAGUGGCACGAGGUGGAGCUGGACCGCUUCGGCAGAGAGUUCACCCUUCGAUUGGACGGAGGUGGAGGACGACAGGAGGUCACGGCGUCGCCUGGCCGGAGUCAGGAGAUCAUUAUCGAUCCCUCCGUGGUGAUGCUCGGAAACUCUUUCCCCUCCGGACACAACCGGAGCUUCCUCGGCUGUUUGCGAGAUGUGAGGUUUAAUGGACGCCCCGUCCCCCUUGAUUGGGAGCGGCCUUCGGAGGGGCUUCAGGUGGUCACGUCGCAGGGCAUCUCCGCGGGCUGCUCUUCAGACGCGUGCAGGAAGCACCACUGCUCCCCUCCCCUGGUCUGCGUGGACCUCUGGAGGCACCACGAGUGCAGGUGCCCUCCGGGCCACAUGACCAAAGAGAGCGCGUCGGGCCGGGUGUGCGUCUACACGCUGUGCGCCAGCCGGCCUUGUCGCCACGGCACCUGCGUGGCCCACUCCCCGUCCCGCUACUCCUGCCGCUGCAGCGAGGGCUACCGGGGGCGGCACUGCGAGGUGACGCUCGCCAUGUUCCACAACGUGGACGGCAACAGCCUCAGCCUCAGCUCCAUGUUCGCCAUCAGCAUCUGUGUCAUGGCCUUUCUAGUGUUGAUGCUGGGCCUGUUCCUCUACUCCUGCUGGAGGAGGCACAAGGGCCUCAAGGAGGGCGUGUACCACGUGUCGGCGCACCACGGCGAGUGGGAGGACAUCCGGGAAAACGUGCUCAACUACGACGAGGAAGGCGGAGGCGAGCAGGACCAGAACGCCUUCAACAUGGUGGAGCUGCAGCGCUCCCUCCAGCCCAGCCCGGCUCAGUCGCUCCGUUACAGCUACCCGCAGAGCAUCAUCUCCUACCCGCAGUCCAAGCUUCCCCAGGACAACAACAAGAAAGGCGCGUCCAACGGGAACGGAAGCGCCGCCAUAGCCCUGCGCCUCGCCAUCCCCCCCUCGGAGACGGAGACCCUGCCGUCCCCCCUGACCUUCCGCCGCUCCCAGAAAGCCCUCUCCUUCUCCAGCCAGGACCUGGCCCGUUACCUGUGCGAGGUCAUCAGGGACAUGGAGCACCCGGGGGAGCUGGGGGGCACCAUGACCACGCCGCGCCGCCCCUCCAGGAGGGAGCGCGGCCUGGCGGCGGUGCGCUCCCUCAGCUCCCUCAGCGCGUCUCAGGGUUCGGACGCCAGGCUUCAGGCGGCCCAGAGCUCUCGGCUGGACAGGUUCAAGACGCUCCGAGCCGUGGUGAGCGAUCUGAGAGGAGACUCCAAGGCCCCGGAGGGCCAGAAAGACAAACUGAAGGAGAGCAGAGGGCAGCUGAACUGCGAGAAGAGCGGGUGAGGCUGCACUCGGAGAAAGCAGAACUGAAGGUUGCAAAAAGAAAAAAAAAAGAAAAAAAAAAACACUGAUCAGAAGUCAGUGGUGGAAAUCCAAAGGGAGAUAAUUAAAUGUGAAAUAUUUUGAGACUGGGAGGUUGCCCAGGGUCUAUGUGAAGUCUGAUAUUAAUGUACUGUAUUGAUGAAACUUUGAACAUUUCUGUUCUUUGAUAUAAACGAUGUUUACCAAUGAAUGAUCAGAUGUGAUGUAUUGUUUACUCGGCAUUGCACUGUACAGUAUACAGAAAUACAGAAAGCCCCAUUUUCGGAAGCGCCCUGUGUCAAAACUGCUCAUGUCAUAAAGCUCAUAAGAGUAAUGUCUGCUAGUAAGACGGCAAAUGAGCUUAGUGUGAGAUAACUGGAUUCUUUUUUUUCUUUUUUUUUUUUUUUGCUGUUAAUGACUCAUGAAAUCAUUUCUGUGACAAGAUGAAUUUCGUUUCAUUUGUAUUAUCUAUUUCCUUUUAAAUAAAUGAAUAUCUUUGAUAAUAUUUCAAACUUG